AGCUCCGCCUCCUCCUCGUUUUCCAUGCAUUGGCGCGCUUUGCCCGCACGGCCGAGCCCCUGUGCGCUCCUCCCGGAGGUUUGGACGGACUCUGAAGCGGGCUGCCGGUGAACGCACAGCAGGCAUGAGUGCGGCGGGGAGUGCUCGGCCCGGUCCGGCCGCCGGAGCUGUCCAGCAGGGCUUAAAGGAGACUCUUAUCGAGACCUUGUCGGCUAUCCUGUCCCCGGUGCAGGAGGUCCGCGCCGCCGCUGAAGAGCAGAUCAAAGUGUUGGAAGUGACAGAAGAGUUUGGUGUGCACCUGGCAGAACUCACAGUUGACCCUCAGGGUGCUCUAGCUAUCCGUCAGUUAGCAUCUGUCAUCCUAAAGCAGUAUGUGGAGACUCACUGGUGUUCCCAGUCUGAGAAAUUCAGGCCACCUGAAACCACAGAUCAGGCUAAAGCCGCGAUUCGGGAACUGCUGCCAAGUGGUCUGCGGGAAUCAAUUAGCAAAGUCCGCUCCAGUGUUGCAUACGCUGUGUCAGCCAUUGCCCACUGGGACUGGCCUGAAGCUUGGCCGCAGCUCUUCACCCUGCUGAUGGAGAUGCUGGUCAGUGGCGAUGUCAACGCUGUGCAUGGUGCCAUGAGGGUCCUCACAGAGUUUACAAGAGAGGUUACAGACACACAAAUGCCGCUUGUGGCCCCAGUGAUCUUACCAGAGAUGUACAAGAUCUUCACCAUGGCUGAGGUGUACAGUAUUCGCACCCGAUCUAGAGCAGUGGAAAUAUUCACCACCUGUGCCAACCUCAUUUGUGCGAUUGAAGAGCUGGAAAAGGGUGCAGCCAAAGCAUUGAUCUUCCCUGUGGUGCAGCAGUUCACAGAAGCAUUUGUGCAUGCACUACAGAUGCCCGAUGGACCUUCGUCUGAUAGCGGUCUCAAGAUGGAAGUGCUCAAGGCUGUAACAGCAUUGGUAAAGAAUUUUCCAAAACCCAUGGUGUCCUGUAUGCAGCAGAUUUUACCCAUUGUGUGGAACACGCUGACCGAAAGUGCAUCUUUUUAUGUUAGAACAGAAGUCAACUACACAGAGGAGGUGGAUGACCCUGUCGACUCAGACGGUGAGGUUUUGGGCUUUGAGAACCUGGUAUUCAGCAUUUUUGAGUUUGUUCACACGCUGCUGGAGAACAACAAGUUCAAGAACACAGUGAAGAAAGCCCUGCCUGAACUAAUCUACUACAUCAUCCUUUACAUGCAGAUCACUGAAGAUCAGAUAAAAGUGUGGACAGCAAACCCCCAGCAGUUUGUAGAGGAUGAAGAUGAUGACACCUUCUCUUACUCGGUCAGGAUCUCUGCUCAGGACCUGCUCCUAGCUGUUGCUGCAGAAUUUCAGAAUGAGAGUGCAGCAGCACUGGCUGCUGCUGCAACCAGGCACCUACAGGAAGCUGAGCAGGCCAAGAACAGUCACAAUGACCACUGGUGGAAGAUCCAUGAGGCCUGUAUGCUGGCCCUCGGCUCUGUCAAAACGAUCAUCACAGAGAACGUGAAGAAUGGUCGUAUCCAGUUUGACAUGCAUGGUUUCCUGGCCAGUGUUAUUCUGGCUGAUCUCAACUUAGCAGCGGCAUCACCGUUCCUCCUCGGUCGGGCUCUGUGGGCGGCCAGUCGUUUUACAGCAGUUAUGUCUCCUGAACUCAUCCAGCAGUUUCUUCAGGCCACAGUUAGCGGCCUUCAUGACAGUCAGCCACCUUCUGUUCGUAUCUCUGCAGUCAGAGCCAUCUGGGGGUAUUGUGAUCAACUGAAGCUUUCGGAGAGCACACAUGUCCUGCAGCCCUUCCUUCCCAGCAUCCUGGAGGGCCUCGUGCAACUGGCCGCUCAGUUCAGCUCAGAGGUGCUCACUCUUGUUAUGGAGACCUUGUGCAUCGUCUGCACUGUCGACCCGGCCUUCACCACCAGCGCCGAGAACAAGAUCUGCCCCCUCACUAUUGCAAUUUUUCUUAAAUAUAACAAUGACCCUGUUGUAGCAUCUCUGGCUCAGGAAAUUUUUAAAGAACUGGCACAGAUUGAAGGGUGCCAAGGCCCGAUGCAGAUGCGGCUCAUCCCCACCCUGGUCAGCAUCAUGCAGGCUCCCCCUGACAAGAUUCCUGCUGGGCUCUGUGCUACGUCUAUCGACAUCCUAACGACAGUGGUGCGUAACACCAAGCCCCCUCUUUCAGAGAUGUUGGUGUGCCAGGCUUUCCCCGUGGUGGCACAGUGCACCUUACACACUGAUGACAACACGAUAAUGCAGAAUGGCGGUGAGUGCCUGCGGGCAUAUGUCUCUCUUGCCCUGGAGCAGAUUGCCCAGUGGCGAGAUGAGCAGGGCAACAGUGGCCUUUGGUAUGUCAUGCAGGUAGUCAACCAGCUCCUUGACCCCAGGACGUCUGAGUUCACAGCUGCCUUUGUAGGCAGGUUGGUGUCCACUCUGAUCUCUCGGGCAGGUACUGAGCUCGGGGACCAACUGGACCAGAUCCUCAGAGCAAUUCUGAGUAAAAUGCAGCAGGCAGAAACGUUAAGUGUCAUGCAGUCUCUGAUCAUGGUGUUUGCCCAUCUGGUUCACUCCCAGCUGGAGCCUUUGUUAGAGUUCCUGUGUAGUCUGCCAGGCCCAACAGGAAAACCUGCACUAGAGUUUGUCAUGACAGAGUGGAUGAGCAGGCAACACCUCUUUUAUGGGCAAUAUGAGGGUAAAGUCAGCACAGUGGCUCUUUGCAAACUGUUGCAACAUAGCCUAAACACUGACGAUAAGCGUCUGCAGGACAUAGUGGUGAAGGGUGAGGAGAUCUUCAGUACUGAGGAGGGCAUCCGCACGCGCUCUAAAUCUGCAAAAAACCCAGAGAGGUGGACCAACAUUCCUUUACUAGUGAAGAUCUUCAAAUUGAUUAUCAAUGAACUGUCAACUGUAGUGGAGGCAAAUGCUAGUAGAGCUAAUGCCGCAGAUUGGAGCCAAGACUCCAGUGGCAUGUGGGAGGACCAGGAGGAGGGGGAGGAGGAGGAGGAGGAGGAGGAGGAAGAGGAUGAAGGGCUGGCAGGGCAACUGCUUUCUGAUCUCAUCGCCUCAAACAAAUACGAUGAUGAUUAUUAUGAAGAUGAUGAGGAGGAUGAUCCAGAUGCCUUGAAAGAUCCGAUAUAUCAGGUUGACCUGCAGGCUUACCUGACAGACUUCCUGACACAGUUUGCCCAGCAGCCAUGUUACAGCAUGUUCUCAGGCCACCUCAACAACAACGAGAGACAAACCCUGCAGUCCAUCGGUCUCUAGCCCCCCUUUGUCCACAUCACUUCGCCUGCACCAGUGUUCUUCAGUUCUCUUUUGCCCCGUCACGUAUGCUCUCAUGAUGAAUUUCCAGCAUAGUGAGAAGGAGCAGUAAGAUGGUGGUUCUGGCACAGCAAGAUGGGAAGAGAGAAAUGCACCUAUUCAUCACUCGUUUUCCUUCUGAUGGGAUAAAGGACUUCACGCAUUUAAAAGGAUGAAGAGGUGGGAGUGUGACCUUGAAGGGGUGCAUGUUUGGUGAGGGAGUGGCCUAUCCUCUCACACAUGGAGUGACUUAAUUUUGGAGGAGAGGAUGGAAUAAAGGAAUGAAGAUUCAGAGCAGAACAGGUGAUGCAGGAUGUAUGAACAGAACAUCUGUCUGUGACAUUUGUACCUUAGCCUGUUAUUAUUGUUUUUGUAUAGAAUGACAUGAAUUUUAGUCUUCUAACAGACUGUACAAUAACUGAAGGACAUGAAAGAAUAAUGUCCUGAUCCUUUGAAAUGGACAAACAUUAGCGGCCUUAUUUUCCAGAUACACGUGUUGACUGUGUGACCGGUAACAAAAAGCUCUUAGACCAGCUGUCACGUCUGGAGAUAUGUUUGGUAUUUGGGAAGUUAGUUACCAUGGUGAUUCACAGCCUUGUCAUUUUCUUGUACUCAUUGAAAUUUGGGAUGGAACAUUUAUAAAUAAAAGUCCCAAAAAGACUCU